UACUAUUUGUUACAUUUGAUUGAGGUGAAAUGCUCGCGAUAAUGUAAACAAAUUGUUAUAACAAAAAGACAUUGAGACUCUUGUGCAAAACCACUUUAAAGAGGUGAUCACUCGCCGUUUGGUUUGCGUGUGUGGGCGCAGAACAAGAAAAACAAGACCACGACAAAAAAAAAUCCCCCCGCUAAGAAACGUAAUUCCUAGCAGAGUGUAUGGUGAAAGAGGUGGUGGACGACAAGUUAUUGGGCAAUAAUUGACAAAAGAAGAACAAAAAUAUAGUCAAAACCCAUUUAAAAUACAAAGAAGAAGUGACAGCAUGUUCAAAAUCGAUAAAAAGAUACCAGGUUCUGCAAUUAUGGAGCCGUGUGAUUCCUUGACCUUCAACAAGGAGGAGGCCCGUCCCGAUGUUGUCUGCGAUGCUGACUUUAGAUCCAUACCAUUCACCUCCACUGACUAUGAGGUUUUGGAUAGUUCAACAGAUCGCUCCUUUCUGCUUAUGGACGGCAAUGAACAUUUGCACAUAGAAACAGCGGAGAAGUUCUGCAAUAAACUGAAAUGUUCAGAUACUGCCAAAAUUAAAGUUGUUUCCAUUUUCGGUAACACCGGCGAUGGCAAAUCACACACCAUGAACCAUACCUUCUUUAGGGGAGAAGAAGUGUUUAAAACAUCAGCAGAACAAAACUCAUGCACCUUAGGCGUAUACGCGGCCAUGCAAAAGGACAUGGGCGUUUUGUGUCUAGACACCGAAGGCCUAUUGUCGACCUCGAAAAAGAGUAAUCGACGCAUGCGUAUGUUACUUAAGAUUCUAGCCAUUUCGGAUAUUGUGAUAUAUCGCACACGUUCGGAAAGAUUGCACAGUGAUAUGUAUGAUUUCUUGGGCACGGCUUCGAAAGCCUUUUGCCUGCACUUCUCCCAGGCUUUGCAGUCAAUUCAGGGUUCUGCCAAUUUGGGCCCAGCUGUGAUAAUAUUCCAUGAGACCAGGCAUACAAAGCCUUUGGAGAAUUCUGUCGAAGAAAGUGCCGGAGACAAGCUUAGAGAUUAUUUUUCGCGCCUAAAUUAUGACAUUGAUGCUUUUAGUUCACUGCGCUAUGUGGGCAUACAGACCUCGUCGAACAGUACAACUGACUAUAAAAAACUUAUUGCAGCUUUACGGGUGGAUUUAGAAAAUACCACAGUACGUUCACCCAGACAGCCAAGUGUUAUCUACAAGGCCAUGCGAUCAUUGAAUAAGAAAUUCUCCUGCGAAAUCGUUGAAAAAUCCAUAAAUCCUUUCCCCGAGCAGUAUUUUACUUGUCCCAUUCUAUGUGUCUCAUGCAAUCGCCGUUGUCAACAUUCCAUGGGUCACGAAAGUCAGAACCAUUCAAAUGCGAACCCCUGCUUAUUGCAAUACCAGUUCGAUAAUAAAGUGGAGCUUUGCAAGUCUUGCUAUAAGAACGGUCGUGAAGUGGCCGUAACCCGCACUGACGGAUGGACUCAUAGCGUGAUCAAUUGUCCACAUUGCGGCGAAAUCGCAAAGGCUUUUAAGUAUUGGGGCACUGCCCAAGAUUGUGAUGCUAUACAAACACAGGCCGUGCAUGUUUGGAAGGAUGGCAACAUUUUAACGAAAGGGCCCACCCACUCGGGACAAAUGGUCUUGGAUAGAGUGGGUUAUGUGUGUGAAGCCUUUUCAAAUUUCUCAUCACAGCCGACUGGUGUAUUAAAGGAGUGGUGUGCUGAUAAAGUCGCUCCAAAGUACUGGAAACCCAACCACGAGAUAAUUAACUGUUUUUCCUGCAAGAAGAACUUUGAAAAGACUGGCUUACGCAAGCAUCACUGCCGUGGCUGUGGCGAAGGUUUUUGUGAUCUUUGUACAAAACAUAGAAUGUCAGUACCCAGUCGCAAAUGGUUUGAGCAUGUACGUGUUUGCAGUGAUUGCCAUCAAAAACUUUUAAAGCAGCCGGACGCAAUACCAGCUCAAGAAGAACAAAUUAUUGAUCAAACUACUAACUACUACUCUAAUCAUCAUACACACACAGGACCUAAUAACGCUGGGCCCGAAGAGACCGAUGUUACAGUGCGCAAAUGUGGCGAGACCAUUUACAAUACAAUUAGCAAUGUGGCUUCGGUGGCUCUGGAGUGUACCAAAGACAUUAUCAAAGAUACCGCAAGGCCCGACUAUUGGGUACCAGAUUCCAAAGCCUUACACUGCAAUUUGUGCGAAAUGCAGUUUGGUACAGCAGAAGAGUUAGUUUCUGCUGGCACACUUAACGAAAUACCAUUUAAAGGUGGCGAUAACAAACGCCAUCACUGUCGUCGAUGCGGCCAGGGCGUUUGCUCGGAGUGUUCAAAAAGUCGAAGACCAGUACCGGAACGCGGCUGGCUAGAGGAUGUCCGCGUUUGUGAUGCCUGUGUUAACGAUGAUAUUGCUAUAAGAACAAAUGGCGCCGACCAUGAUACGAAAUUCAAGCCCACUACUAGUGUCGAUGAUCCCAAAGCCAAAGUUGAAUAAGUUUUGUUUUAUUUUUCACGCCCAGCAUCAACACCAACACCAUGGCCCUCCAUAUUCUGCUUUGCUGUCGAAGGACGUUAAAAAAAGUUACCUGCCCUGGAGAAACUUUGUCUCUUUAUUGUUUUCGUUUUCUAUGAAUUCAACGUCUUCUUGUGAUAAAUGACCCUGAUUAUAUGUUAAUAAUCUAAUACAUAACUAAUACAUAUGUAAAAAAAAGGUUGGUAAAAACUCUUGUUACAAAUAAAAAAUUUUACUUUAAACACA